UAACAAGUGCAGAGAGCAGCAGACUCCCAAACUUCUCCAUCAGGACCGGAGGGAGCCGGGCUGUGAGACAAACAGUUUUAUGGACAGGUUUCAUUUCAGCAGUCAAAUUUUAGUUGCAGCACAUGUCUGUGAAAGAGGCAGAUAACACGGACCACUUGCGUUUAGUUCAACGGUAAAAAAAAAAAAAAAAAAUGAGACCGGUUUUGUUUGUUUUGCUUCUUAUUCGGACCGCGGAGCUCCGUCAUGUCCACUCUGACCUGGAGACACAGCGAGCGGAGGAUGCUGACACGGCGACUGCGGGAGCAGAGGACUCUCUCUCCCCUGAAAGGACUUCUGUUGACGGGACUUCUGAAAGUUGGGGAACUCUCGACCUGAAGCGAGUCCCCCGAGGAGCCAAAGACGGGAGUUCCAGGAAAAGAGACCCGCACUCUCCGAGCAGUUACGGUGGGCAACCGCGGCGAUACGACGACCCGAGCGGUUACUUCACCACACAGCGGACUGACCGGUUCACCUCCGCCCCGGCGGGUAACUCUUCGUCGGGUCGGGGAUCGGGGCUUCUCAACCCGCUUUUCCCAAUCACCGACGGCGCCUACUGGGCAUAUGCAGUGAUGCUGCUCGCCCUCGUGCUGUUUGCCGCGGGCAUCGUGGGGAACCUCGCGCUUAUGUGCAUCGUGUGGCACAAUUUCUACCUGAAGAGCGCGUGGAACUGCAUCCUGGCGGGGCUGGCGUUUUGGGAUUUCCUCGUGCUAUUCUUCUGCCUUCCAGUGGUCGUCUUCCACGAGCUCACCUUGAAGAGGUUACUAGGAGACCUCUCCUGUCGGCUCGUGCCCUACCUGGAGGUGACGUCUCUGGGUGUGGCCACAUUCAGUCUCUGUGCUCUGAGUAUUGAUCGUUUCCACGCAGCCACCGGCCCCGGGCCUCUUCAGACACCGAAGGUGGAGCCCUGCCAGUCUAUCCUGUCCAAGCUGUCGGUCAUCUGGUUGGGCUCCUUGGUGCUGGCCACCCCCGAACUGCUUCUGUGGCAGCUCCUCCAGGAAACUGUCAGCCUGCCGUCGCUACCCACUGAGCUGCAGCACAGCCAGUCGGGGGGCUCUCUGAUGGCAGCGUUCAGAGCCCGGACAGACACGUUUAAGGUGGAUAUUUGUGUCCAGGAGCCAUCGGUCGAGCUACCAGAGGGCAUCUACUCUCUGGUGCUGACCUACCACGAGGCUCGCAUGUGGUGGUUCUUUGGGUGCUACCUCUGUUUGCCACUGCUCUUCACUCUGGCAUGUGACUUGGUGACGAGGCAAGUGUUAGCCCAGCGUCUACUGCAGAAACCUGAGGGUGACAAGAUGACCGUCAGAUGCGCCUCCUCCUCUUCAUCUUCCUCCACCACAAAGAAAAAGCAGCAUGUGAGAGAGUAUAGGCUGCGCUCCACUGUGAUGGCGCUCACCAUCUUGUACAUCACAUGCAACCUGCCGGAGAGCAUUUGCAACAUCACCCUGGCGUACAUCUCUGCCCCAGUGUCCGAUGCGCUCCCGGCUCUGGCUCUGCCAGCGCUUGGCUUGAUUGGACAGUUCUUGUUGUUCGUGCGAUGCUCUGCAACGCCAGUGUUGCUGCUGUGCCUGUGUCGCUCCCUGGGCCAGGCCUUCAUGGACUGCUGCUGCUGCUGCUGUGAAGAGUGUCUCCCUGACGGCAACUCUUCCUCAUCCUCUUCUGUGUCAGCCGCAGCCACCUCCAGCCUUUCCUCACCCACGCUUUCCUCGCCCUCUCCAUCCUCCCUGUCUCCAUCCAGCAAAGAGGAGACGAUGAAGAGUGUGUUGGCGCCAGAGCCAGUGGUCUAUGACCGGGUGAAAGACUCUUCAGCAGCGAUCGGGACGCCCUGCUGAGGCCCAGAACUGUCACACAUGUAACUUUAAAAGGAUCAUUUAGGUUUAUUACAACUUUGAUCUUAUUUUUAUAGUUUUGUCCUUCAUUUCCAUCAGUGAUAAUAACUUUGUACUCCGCAAGUUAAUGGCUGAGAUCUGGGAACACUGUGGCAUCACUAAGUCUGACGGGUGAAGGAAGAUUAGCAGUCGGACAAUCAGGCUGGAAACGAGCCAAAAGUUUAUUCACAUCACACUAUAUGGCCAAAAGUAUGUGAACACCCAUGUCUGGGUCUGUUUUUUUGGGUUGAGUUCCUUAGUUCCAAUGAAGGGACGGCUUUAUAGUGUGUUUCCAGCUCCGUGUCAACAGUUCGGGGAAACAUCCUUCAGUGGCGCCAUGAAGAAAUGGUUUUCCCAGUUUGUUGUAGAAGGACUUGACUGGCCUCCACAGAGGACUGACCUCAACCCCAUCUAAUACAUUAGGGAUGAACUAAACACCGACUCUGAGCCAGACCUUAUCACCCGACAUCAGUGUUGGACUUUAUUAAUGCUGUUGUGGCUGAAUGGGAACAAAUCCCUGCAGCCAGGAUCCAACAUCUGGUGGAGAAAGCUGAAACCAGAAGUGGAGGCUGUUACAGUGUAUCACACACAGUAUAUGGGGAUAUUACUCAGGUGUCCAUAUACUUUUUUACAUACUUUUGUACACGUACUUCUGGCCAUGUAGUGUAUAUAAACCACUUUAUUUAUUAGUGAUAAUACUACAAAUACAGUAAGUACGGAAGGUCAAAAUUAAAGCAGAAAGUGGGUUUGCGAGUGAACUUGUCUAAUUGUCCGACUGCUUGUGUUUCUGGACUUCCCAGACCUCUUUUUACUGAAAUGUUUCUUUUUUAUUUCUCAGGUUUCUUUCCCCUGAUCUUAAUGAGAUUACCUGAUAAGUUACAGGUAGUAUCGAUUAUUUUCUCUGAUCUCAGCUGUGAAGUUACUGAGUACAAUGUUCUUAUAGAAAUAGUGGACAAAACUACCAAAAUAAACCCAAGAUGUAAUAAACUGGAAUAUUCUUUUAAUCUCUGUAUGAACUGACGGUGUAGAGCCACUCUAGGAGCAGAAACACGUCUGCCUAGAGUUAAUUAGAGAUAAUUGUGUAAAAUAUAGAGUCUGUUCUCAUAAAAAAAGGAGUUUAGAUGGAUUUAAUCCUGAUAUUGAAGGACUCAUAAUAGUUUUGCAGUUUUGUUAUGCUACAUUUUCCGAGUUGUAGUUAUUAAUAAUUAUCUAAUACUCAUUCAGGAUAUUAGUAUUACCUUCUCUAAGUACUGUAUAGAGAGAAACACUGCAUAAUUUUAGGACGGUUUUAUGGAUAAACCGAAGAUGAAGACAUACUGAGAUUUUUGUCGGCAGACUGACAGACUGCUGUUCAUGACCUUUUCUUUUCUUUCAUUUUUUUGCUGUUGCUGCACAGACAUGGCUCAUGUAUGCCUGACUUACAUGGUGUCUACAGAGAACGUGUCAUGUAAGUAGCACGUCGCAGCUCUGGCCAUGUGAAACACAAGCAGUUACAUGGCCGAAAUGUAUCCUGUAUAGACAGCAGGUUAAAAACGUUGUGAGAUAUCAAUCAAAAUUUUGAACCUACAUGAAGCAAUUCAGUGUGAAGUGUGACCUUUUCUACUUGUUUAUACAUUUGGUUUAGUAAAGUUUGGAUUUUCCUCAAAGAGACUGUUUUUCAGUACCUGCGACUAAUUCCCUCUCAAUGUCUCAUAUACACUUUAUUAACUGAUACAAACAUUAGAGCUGUUGAUGGAUGCUCUAACUGUGUUUACAGAGCCUUUUAUUCCACUAACACCUGCAAUGGAAACAGACUGAGUUACACCUUUCACAAUAUGUUCAGCAGAUCAAACUUUUUUUAUUAGUUAUAUAUAUUAGUUUAUUUAGUUUAUAAGUUUUAAGAGCAGCCGAAUCCUAAAUUUGGAUCACUUCCUAAAAGUCUGGCGUUAAUCUAUAUUUUCCUUAUUGUCAACAAACCUGGUGGAAAAACCAAAACAAAGAAAGAACUCAUCAUAUUAACAAGUAUUGCCUGUGUGUCCAAAGCUUCUGUGCCAUAGAGCUCCACUGUUGUCCACUGAAAAACUAUUAAAAACACAUCAAUGAGCCGCACUGUUGCACUGGGUGACAUGUUGUUUAUCGUUUGUUGCCAGAAAUACUCACCAGAGCAGCAGAUGUGGAUUAAUCCGCCACUGAAAACAAGUGCUGUAUUUGUACUGGUGUUUGAGUUAAAAAACUACUGAGCCCACAACUGCCCAGCUGUUUUAGUAAAUUACAGAAAAAUGAAACUGUAUUUUUGUUUUGUUUUAUAAGAUUUAUGUCUUCAGUUUGAUCCGAUGGGCUUGAGGCUGAGUGCCACAGACACAUUAGAGAAGUCAGAGAGUAAAGAGAGGCAGGACUCACACCUUGGCUGUGAUGUGCACAUGGGAUUUGUUGACAAUGAGAAAUAUAUAAAAUAACCUGAGCCAUAUUCUUUAUAUUACCUCCUCCUAACAAAUUACAGUGUCUAUGGGCCUUCCAUAAAAAAGUAAGAAUUUCCCUAGAGUGCUUCUUGUUAUAUAAAAACAUAAUACAUUUUUUUUACAAAAAGUAAUGAAUUUCCACAUGCUGUCAGAAUCCUCUAAAAUGUAUUUAUAUUUUGUCUUAAAAU